AGUGUGACAAUGGUUGGUUGAAGUUUGGUGAUAGAUGUUACUUCUUCAAUUCAAACCCCUUGACAUGGGAUCAAGCAAUGGCGGCGUGCAAUCUUUUGAGAUCGAACCUUCUCAAAAUCGAAAAUUCGGCUGAAAAUGAUUUUGUGAGAACGAAAUGUAUUGAAUAUGGAGGGCAUUUUUAUUGGAUUGGUGCCCGGUACUCAACACAGUAUGGACAAUACACGUGGUACGACGGAACUACACUGGACUACACACGCUGGAAUCCAGGAGAACCAGAUACUAUCGGAUGCGUGGAUCUUUUACACUUGUAUAACUACAACUGGAAUGACCAUCCUGACUGUAACACUUACGGCGAAAGCAUCUGCGAAAGGGGGUUAUUUGAUUAAGAUAAUGGUACAAUUGGGAACAAGCUGAAUCAGAAUGGGAAUUGGAUGUGAAUCAUCGAGUAAACGUAUCCAUUAUCAACAAAAAGGAAACUAUAGACAAGUAGAUGGGACGUUCUAAGAUCAAAUGAGCCGCGUCACGACAAAACCAACAUAAUGGGUUUGCGGCAAGCAUAGAUCCAGACCAGCCUGCGAAUCCGCGCAGACUGAUCAGGAUCCAUGC